AAGUUUACGAGCUCGAUGACAGGUCUACUCUGUCGGGACAGGACGCAAGUGCGUGCCGGAGACCGAGCAAAUUUCGUGCAGGGUUUAGGUUUUCGAAACAACCUCGUUGUCACGAACAGUUUCGGAAUGCCUUUCGAUUUGGAUUGCUUUACAUCAUCUCGUGAAAGCAUAUUGGUCAAGAAUUUUGGUGGUUGAGGACAUGGAGACCACAACUUUGAGAGUCUUGGAAUUUUACAGUGGCAUUGGAGGCCUGAGAUAUUCAUUGGAAGAUUCAGGUGUAAAUGCCGUCGUGGUAGAAGCCUUUGACAUCAAUGAUGUUGGUAAUGAUGUUUACCAGCACAAUUUCGGCCACAGACCAAAUCAGGGGAACAUUCAAGGACUGAGUGUCAAGCAACUGGACAAAUACAAGGCAGAUGCAUGGCUCCUUUCUCCUCCAUGCCAGCCAUACACACGUCAAGGUUUGCAAAAGGAUGCUGAUGACGCACGGGCUAUUUCCUUCUUGAAGAUGCUGGAGAUGCUGCCACUUAUGAUGUCACCUCCUUCUUAUCUCCUUGUUGAGAAUGUCGUCGGUUUUGAGAAUUCUGUAACACAUAGCCGGUUACUAGCAGUGCUGAAAGAAGCAGAGUUCACGACUCAAGAAUUUAUUCUUACUCCUCUUCAGUUCGGAAUUCCCUACUCACGACCCCGAUAUUUCUGCCUGGCCAAAAGGAAUACUCUGCCGUUUCUAGAUCCAACCUACAACGGACAGUUGUUGUGCGAACCUGGUCCACUUUUGCAAUGCCAGGGAUACCAGCAUAGUCCAGCGCUGAAUGUGGAAAAAGGGAACAAGAGUGUGGAAAAAGGGAACAAGAGUGUGAGGCUGGCAGUACUAGAAGAAAAAAGUAAUGCGCUAUCGAACAGAAAUGAUGAACAGAAAGCCAUGCGGAAUGAACCUAUCCUAGAUCCGGCGGUCAUAUGCAGACCGGUUCGUGACUUUUUAGAAACAGUACCCUCAGCUUCUGAGGAGUCCCAAAGCAAAUCGUCUGCCAUAACAGAGGUAACGUUAUCAGAGCAAGACUCGGGCAAGCGAGUUAGAUUAGAUCCCGGGUGCCCUGCACAAAUUAGGAGCCUUGAGAUUGCAGAGCUUUUGACAUCGGAUGGCAGGGAAAACAGUGGGAUCUGUAAGGAGGAUCAGUUUCACACAUACAGGGUACCUACGAACGUUGUACAACGAUGGAUUGACGCUUACGAUAUUGUCACACCGGAUUCAAGAAGAUGCUGCUGCUUCACCAAAAGUUACACACGCUAUGCUAAAGGAACUGGUUCUUUCCUUGCAAUGACAGUCAAUAUAAAAGAAGGUACAGAAACUUCAGUGGCGAAACACAUUGCGAACAUGAGGGCCGAAGGCCAACCUUUGGAUGUUUUAGAUUUGCGAUACUUCACACCGCGAGAGGUGGCGAACCUUCAUUCCUUUCCACAGAACUUCAGAUUUCCAGUGCAUGUGAAGCUCAAACAAAGAUAUGCUUUACUUGGGAACAGCCUCAGCGUAGCUGUCGUCAGUGGCCUCCUGAAGUAUUUAUUUUCUUCAGCAGCGAAAACUGAACGCACUGUAUCAUGAGUUGUUCCAAGCUUUGCUGCGAUGCGUUGAAAGCAUUCGAAUGGGAGUGCCCUUGGAUACACAUCAAUGACAAUUUAAUCGCUGCUGUUACUGUCUGAGCAAAGAAGUCCGUGGCUAAUUUACAGCGGGGAAAUGCAGCAGCCCACCUGCUUAAAAUUUUUUGGAACUGUAGCAGCCAACUUGUUGAUUAUAUCAGACAAGUAGUUUGGGGGAUACAUAUGUAUCACCGUCUGUGUGGGCAAUGUAACAGAUUUUUCUGGGACAGGUAAAUUAAAUUUUUUUACUCUCGGAAGGAGGUCAAGCGCC